AUGCGAAUGGAAACUAUACUUCGCAUCUUGCCAUCUUUACCGAAAUAGUGGCGUGCAUUCAAAACUAAAAAUCUAAAUGGGAUGUGGUCAGGCUACUGCGGUGGAGUCGAAGUUGACCGGUCGUUUUAUUCAAAGUUGAGAAUAUUUAUACUGGCGUUUUGCGGAGAGGUGCGUUGCGCGCAGUGGUGCGGCUAUCUACUCUGUUUCUCCAAACAUUUCAAGGACAUAGACAGAAAAAAAGACUUGUUCCACGGUAGGAAGUGAACAUAUAAGUCAGAAUGGCAGCUGUGGCACUCAAUGGAUCGAACAUAACUACGGGGAACUUUACGAAUCAGUUUGUUCAGCCGCCUUGGCGCAUUGCCCUGUGGUCGGUCGCCUACAGCUCCGUUUUGGCGGUGGCUGUGUUCGGAAACCUCAUUGUCAUAUGGAUAAUUCUCGCCCACAAACGAAUGCGGACAGUCACCAACUAUUUCCUUUUGAACUUGGCAUUUUCGGACGCAUCUAUGGCCGCCUUCAACACUUUAAUUAAUUUCAUAUACGCUGCCCACGGAGACUGGUACUUCGGAGAGGCUUAUUGCAGGUUUCAAAACUUUUUCCCCGUCACCUCCGUGUUCGCAAGCAUCUAUUCGAUGACCGCAAUUGCCGUGGAUAGGUACAUAGCCAUCAUCCACCCUCUGAAGCCCCGGUUGUCAGCUACAGCCACCAAGGUGGUGAUCAUGUGUAUCUGGGCGCUGGCCGUGGUGCUGGCCUUCCCACUCUGCUUCUACUCCACCAUCCGCAUCCUGCCCCGCCGAACCAUCUGCUACGUGGCCUGGCCCCGCAAGGAGGACGACCCCUUCAUGUUUCAUAUCAUUGUGAUGGUACUGGUCUACCUGCUGCCCCUAAUGGUAAUGGGAAUCACCUACACCAUCGUCGGGGUGACUCUGUGGGGGGGAGAGAUCCCAGGGGAUUCAUCUGACAACUACCACGGCCAACUCCGGGCCAAGAGGAAGGUGGUCAAGAUGAUGAUCAUCGUGGUGGUGACCUUCGCCCUCUGCUGGCUGCCGUACCACGUCUACUUCAUCGCGACGGGCCUCAACAAGGCUCUGAUGAGGUGGAAGUCCAUCCAGCAGGUCUACCUGUCAGUGCUGUGGCUGGCCAUGAGCUCCACCAUGUACAACCCCAUCAUCUACUGCUGCCUCAACAGCAGGUUCCGGGCCGGCUUCAAGCAGGUGUUCCGCUGGUGCCCCUUUGUCCAGGUGUCCAGCUAUGACGAGCUGGAGCUGAGGGCCACGCGCCUCCACCCGGCCCGCCAGAGCAGCAUGUACACCUUGUCUCGCAUGGAUACCGCCGUGGUAGUGGUGUAUGACCCUGUAGACAGAACAAACAACCAGAACCAGGCCAGGAAGAAGAGCUACGUCAACCCUAGAGUGGAAAACGGGCUUGGUUGCAAUAGGAACGGGGCCAAGGCAGGCUGCGCCCCCAAUGCUGAGGCUGAGGACUUCUCCUAAAGGAGGGCAUACGAGAAAGCAGACAAACACACUGGCAUGUGUUCACACACACAGGCAUGUAUAGAGUGGUAACUUAUACUGUGUACAGUACAUGCAAAAACAGGUAGACAUUGCAAACACGCAUACAAGACAUGCUGUCCCUGUCAAUACACACACAUGCAAACACACACUUUUCAAAGAGUUCAGAAAACACAUGUUAGAUGAAAGGCAGGAAUUCAUUGUCAAAUAUAACCAUCAGAUAACAUAUUGUUGUACGGUCUGUAAUACUGAGUGUACUGUAUAUAAAAACAUGCAUACGAAAAAAUAUACAAAAAAUGCCUGGCCAAGUAACAUCCUGAAUGUAAAGGCUACUGAGUGUUCAAAACAUUAUGAACACCUGCUCUUUCCAUGACAUAGACUGACCAGGUGAACCCAGUUGAAAGCUAUGAUCCCAUAUUAAAUCCACUUCAAUCAGUGUAGAUGAAGGGGAGGAGACCGGUUAAAGGAGGAUGUUUAAGCCUUGAGACAAUUGAUACAUGGAUUGUGUGUGUGUGUGUGUGCCAUUCCGAGGGUGAAUGGGCAAGACAAAAGAUUUAAGUGCCUUUGAACGGGGUAUGAUUGUUGCUAUCAGGCGCAUUGGUUUGUGUCAAGAACUGCAACGCUGCUGGGUUUUUCAUGCUCAACGUUUUCUGUGUGUAUCAAGAACGGUCCACCACCCAAAGGACAUCCAGCCAACUUGAAGCAUUGGAGACUACAUGGGCCAGCAUCCCUGUAUAAAGCGUUUGACACCUAGUGUCUCAAGGUGUCGAACGCAUUUUACAGGGAUGUUAGGAAGGUGUUCUGGAUGUUUUGUACACUCAGCUCCAAAUGUAUUGGGACAGUGACAAUUUUGUUGUUUUUGGCUAUGUACACCAGCACGUGCAGACUGUCAGCUUUAAUGUGAGGGUACAUUCGUCCCUAUCGAGUGAACCAUUUAGAAAUUACAGCACUUUUAGAUAUAUGCCUGCUAGAUACCAGAGAGAAUGCAUUUUGGGGAGCGACCUAUAUCUUUAGGUAGUGUGUCCAUAGGUACCAUUUGUAGCAGUGGUUUUUAGCUGUAGUCUUACGUAAUGUAUAGAAUGACUGGUCCCAGUUUAAACAAACUACAAUUUAUAAAGGCUUCAUAUGGCAUACAUAUAGUCUUCAUAAGCACUACAGAUUCUACAAAGUCUUAUGUCAUGUAGUUACAUCAUGUAUAGAAUGACCAAAGUAUCCCAUCUAUCCCUCCUGUCACACCCUGAUCUGUUUCACCUGUCUUUGUGAUUGUCUCCACCGUCCUCCAGGUGUCGCCCAUCUUCCCCAUUAUCCCCUGUGUAUUUAUACCUGUGUUCUCUGUCUGUUGCCAGUUCGUCUUGUUUGUUCAAGUCAACCGGCAUUUUGUGUCUCAGAUCCUGCUUUUUCCAGUCUCUCUUUUCUCGCCCUCCUGCUUUUGACCCUUGCCUGUCCUGACUCCGAGCCCGCCUGCCUGCCUGCCUGCCGACGUGUACCUUUGCCCCCCUCUGAAUUUACCGACCUCUGCCUUACCCUGAUUCUGCCUGCCACCCGGUACCGUUGCCCCACCUCCGGUUUACUGACCCCCGCCUGUCUUGACCUGUCUAUUGUCUGCCCCUGUUGGAAUAUUAAACUAUUGUUUAUUCGAAGUGGUCUGCAUCUGGAUCUUACCUUCAUACCUGAUACCUCCAUUAUGCCCCAAUUGUAACCUCUAUAGCAACUUAGUGAUUUCCGUGUUAAGUGUUAGUGUGUAUGCACGUUGUUUUUCCUCCGACGUGGUCAACGUUAGGUCACCAUUAGCAAAAAAGCAAACUUAACGAUUACACAAAUUUGCACAUAAAUAACUAGCUAAUUGUUUAUUUAAAGCGGCGGUCAUUGAUCUGAAUCUGAAUUCUUAGUACAGCGUAAAUCUUUUUUACUGCUAAUGUUUUAAAGCAGUAUCCAUAUUUUUCUAUGUUUGAGUAGCUUUGUGGUUAUGCACGCUUUCAAAUAAAAAACAAUUGCAGGAAAAACUGUUGCGGAAUGGAAUUAAAAUAGCAGAUGACAGUUUUUACUACUACUUUUCUUUUGCCUUCAUAUUCCCAUUGAGAAGUGCGUCACCUCCUGCAUUGUACUUACAUAUAGUACUGUAGCUUUGAACAAAAUGCCCACAAGGAGGUCUUUAGAUGAUCUUGUGCGUGCGUGUGCCCACGGAGCAGAGUUUUCAUGAUCACAGUGUGUGUGUGUGUGUGCAUCCACACUGCAGGGUUUAUAUGACCACAGUGUUUAGAAUCUAGAUGUUAGGUAAAACCUUGGGCCAUCAAUUAGAUGGAUGCCAUAGUGAAAGAGGGUUGCCAUCCCAUCACUUCCAGUAAGGGGUAGUAUUUCUUCCCUGGGUGUGUGUGUGUGCUUGCGUGCGCCUACUAUGUAUGUGUAUGCGUGUGAUCCUUCGGGGUUUAAAUCAAGUGCUGGCACUAGCACUAGGCUUCUCUUCAGCCUUUGUCUUGUUUGGCUCGACACGCCAAGAGAACAACCAUGUUUGGUUUAGGGUAUUUCUUCUCCUGACCAAUGAGAGUGAGCCGUGUUAUACCCAACAGCCCAGUGCAGUAUAAUGACAUUACGUGCCAUAGCUCAGGUUCCACGACUGUCUGAUAGGGGGUCUCCUGCAAACUCCCUCAGGGGGCAAAGAUAAUUCAAAGCCUGAGGCACCGGUCUCAUCUUCUCUGUCCAGAUGACAGACUACCCACCUGUGGCCCUCAGCUUGACUUAAAGAUAACAUGAAAAUCACAGCUGUGUGAAGGGGGGGGAAUAAAUCAUCCUGCUUUUUGCCAGUGUUAAGGUAACAAACUGUAUACACAACAAGUCACGUUCGAUAGCGUUCAUAUAUGAUGAAAAUGUAGUUCUUUAGUUUAAUUCUUGAGCAUGAUACCAAACGUCAAUGAGUCGGUUAAUCAAAAGAUAAUAAGAGCAUUGUAACUUUGAUCAAAGACAUUUCUAGAUGUUUUUUUCAUGACACUCACUUUUGUUUAGUUUUGAAAUGAGCUCAUGUGACCAGUUGAUUUGAUAGUGAUGUAAAUGCAUAUAUUACAGUGAAAUCAGGCUAGAUUCAGUUUAAUGUUGCCAUUCUGUGAGGAUAUCGCCAAUGUUUCCUUACCCCAGACGUGAAGUCAACAUGGUCUUACCAGAAUAUGUAAAGAUAGUGACGUUAAAACCACUGUAGUUAUAUGCCACUUAAGCUUCAUUUUCUAUGUAUAUCACUUAGUGACAUUACUUACAUCACUAUAAUGAUGUAUUCAAACCAUUGUAGUUGUGUGUCACCUAAUCUGAUUUAUUACUUGGAUAUCACUUACGAUGACAUAUUCCUCUUAUGUCAUUAUAAUGACGUAUUGUCUAAGGUUUAGGGACAGGUUGUCCUAUAACGUGUCAACAUUCUGACAUAUUUCUAAUGAGGUAUGUCUGGUGUAGUGUUGCUGGAGUAUGCCAACAGAAUGUUCUAAGCCUUUAUGAAAGAAUGUAAAGAAAUCCUAUAUUUGUAUUUCAUCACCUGUUGUCAUGAUGCGUUUUAGCUCCUUGUAUUUAUCAUUCAUUCCCAUUUUUUUCUGAUAGUGUUAUUCGUGAAGAUAUGGUUUGAUACAUCAAGAAAAUACGGAAAGAAAAAAAAACUGUUGCGAUGUCAGUCGUCCAUUGUAUAUUUAUGUUACUGAAGACAGUGUUUUAAGUUUAAUGUAUAACUAAUAGUGCCUCUAUCAAAUAGUAGGUCUUUUUGCUUUGCAGUUGUCCAGAUUAACUGAUGUGACAAGACUUCAUUGCAAAGGGCCCUGGAUAAGGAUAUACCACAGUGCAAUCAGUCACAACAGCUUCACAAACACUCCGUGCUAAAGGCAGCAUACGGUAUGCAACAAACUCCCAGUUGACAUAUGCUGUGUAGUGAUGUAACAUUGGCGUAAGAUAUUAUGAAUGUUCAUGUAGUGCUUAUAAAGUUUUCAUGUGAUGCUUAUGCAUGCGGUACAAAGUAUUUCUGCAUAACGUCUAAAGUUUGAUUUUAAUGGGCCAGUUUCAUGGACCCAGAUGAAGUUUAUUCAUGGAAUCAGAUGUUCCUUUGAAUAGGCUUAGUCUGGGUAUGUGAACCCAGCAUGUACUAAACCGUAUGCUUGUUUAAGCUUAAUGUCAAGGUUCUGUCUAUGCUCUUAUCACGAAUGCUUACAUCUACACAACCCAAAAUAUUGAAUUUAACUGACUUUAUUGUAAUACAUUCCAAAUUGACGAAACGUACACUUGGAGAAUCCUGUUUGCUCAGAUUGAAAAGUGUUUUAUGUAGUUAUGUACAUUUACAAGCGCCAUAUGAACAGUGACCAGCAGCAUGUGUAUAACUUGCAGUGUUUCACAGUGAUAACAGUAGCACAGGGCUUACCAAUUUAAGACUUGUAAUCAUAAAUCAAUCCAUUCAAUUCUGUACAUUGUGAACACUUUUGUGUUCGCUAUUUCUGACCUACUGGUGGAGUUUUGGUUGACUUUCGUCACAACGUGGACUUUGUCAAUGUUGAUGUAACGUGUUUGGUUUAACGUGAUCCUGUAAAUAAAAUAGUUUUGUUCUUUA